ACACCGAAUGCGAUUGGGAUGCUGUUAGCAAUAAUACAAAUAGCAUUGUUUCUAAUAUUCCCGAUGAAACAAGGACGCCUUUCACCAAUACAACGGUGUUUCAAUCCUUCAUGCUGCGCUGCGGCGGCCUCCUUUUCCUCCUCUGAUGAAAACGGUUCGCAUUUCGAAUUCAAAUUAUUACAUUACUUAAACACUGCAUACACUAUUAUAGAGAAAGUGAAGGAGCCAUAUAUACAGGAAAAGAAUUCACUGCUAAGCAGUAACAGAGAACCUGUCCACAUCGCAGUUAUUGAUGAAAUGAAACCAGAGAAAUCAUGGAUUAGUAAUGCAACCGAAAAAAAUGGACCAAUAGCCUCCGAGUUGACCUCCGAGUUGAUCGAAAAUGAAAGCAAACCGUCACUUACUAAUCUUUCUAAAUUCCAUUACUUCACUUUGCAGCGAGAAGCAACAGGACAUCGAGACAAAUUAAACUGGAUUGAGGGAUUCUGA